AACUUGGUGGCUGGCUCUCCUCCCAGCUCCGGGUUGCAUCAUGCUUGGGAACUUCUCUCCAAUGAGGGACCUGCUUUGUGCUUUGUGGAGGGAGAGAGAGGGAGAGAGAGGUGGGGAGAGAGAGAGGGGGAGGCAGGGUGCAGCGUUGCCACCAACAGGACGGGAUUCAAAAAAUAUAUACCCAGAGCGAGCAGCCAACAUCACCUGCGGAGGGAAUACAAGGAACAUCUGAUCCUGUGGCUCCGGGGAAAAAAAAAAAAAAAAACAGUCGUCCGUGCGUCCUGACCAGACGCAUAUGUGGACGGAGACCCUGAAGUGCGCUGAGGAGAAAAAGGAGCGCGCAGUUGUGUCCUUCUUGGGACCUUUUGAGGCGCAAAGCAGCAACAAUGGACUGCGUUUCCAGUGGGAACUCACUCCUGGAGCCGCGCUGCGCACACACAUGGGGAUUGUAGCGACGCAGAGCCGCUCGGUGUUUGUGCGUUUAGUUGUUGAACUGUGUUUGGUCGGUUGAAAAGCCCGGGAUGCCCGCCAGGAACAGGUACAACCUGGUGGACGAUGUGGCGGACUCGAGGCUGCCGCUGCACAACGAGGAAGCUUAUCAGCAUGGGAUAUAUUUCCAAGCCAAGUACGUGGGGAGUCUGGACGUACCGAGGCCCAACAGUCGGAUGGAGAUUGUGGCGGCCAUGAGGAGAAUCAGGUAUGAAUUCAAGGCUAAGAACAUCAAGAAGAAGAAGGUCAGCAUUGUGGUGUCUGUGGACGGGGUCAAGGUGAUGCUGAGGAAGAAACAGAAAAGAAAAGAAUGGACGUGGGAUGAGAGCAAAAUGCUGAUCAUGCAUGAUCCAAUAUACAGGAUUUUCUACGUCUCUCAUGACUCCCAAGACUUGAAGAUCUUCAGCUAUAUUGCAAGAGAUGGCUCCAGUAACUCCUUCAGAUGUAAUGUCUUCAAAUCAAAGAAGAAGACUCAGGCCAUGCGUAUCGUGCGGACAGUCGGCCAGGCGUUUGAGGUGUGUCAUAAGCUCAGUCUGCAGCAUGCAGAGCAGGAUGCUGAUGGACAGGCGGACGGGGAGAGUGACAAGUCAACUGAGGAGCCCAGCAGCAACGGUCGUAAACUGACGGGAGCAGAGCGAGGGGAGGAGGACGAGGACGGCAAACACAGAGGGAGACGGGGAGGAGAAGAUCCGUCAGCUGGAGCCUCACUGUGCGAGAAGGCAGUCAGUGAGAUUUUGCAGAGCCUGGCUGAGCUGAAUGUCGUCAAACCUGGACAGACCAUCAUGGACUUUGAUCGAAGGUCCGUCUACACUGUGACAUCCCAGGGCGUCACUCCCAGCAGCCCUUGCUCUCCGUCUCUCACUCCGCUGGCCUCACAGCACUACCUGCAGCUCCUCCAGCAGCAGCUGCAGCAGCAACAGCAGCACACGCAGGUGGCCGUGGCUCAGGUGCAGCUGUUGAAAGAUCAAAUGGCGGCAGAGACGGCUGCCCGUAUGGAGGCUCAGGCCCGCGUCCACCAGCUGCUGCUGCAGAACAGGGACCUGCUGCAGCACCUGGCCCUGCUGGUGCAGCAGCUGAAAGAGCUGGAGGCCCGCUACCCCAGAGCAGCGCAGGCAGGACAGCCGCCACAGGAGCCUCAAGCUAAUGGGCACAAUGGCCAACAGUCAGCGAGCAGCUCAGUUUCUACAUCCGUAAAGUCUCUCUCCUUGAAUCUGAAGAAUCACUACAGUCAGACCCUGGAGCAGCUCAUCACCUCCACACCUGCAUGGCCUCUCCAAGCCUCACCCCUCUCCUCCACACAGGUGGACUGUGCCGAGUCCUACCUCAACCUGCUCAACCUGGAGAACAGCACCAGACCAGCAGCCUCAGUGGACGACCUGGACCCGUUCAUCGGGGCCGACGGCACCGCCGACAAUAAGGAGAACUCCUGCAACGAGAUCGUCCCGUUCACGUCGAGAAACUCUGCCAGCAUGGAUGAAAAGUGUGAACAGAUAAUCCCCAAGCUUGACCCUCCUCCACCCUCCAUGAACCGCAAGAGGGCGAGCAGGACAUUGUCUCCGGGAUCAGAGGUCAUAGCUGUGCCCACGCCUGGAGAGGCCACCGCUAAUGAUGCAGCACCGAGCCGCAGCAGCAGCCUCUCCUUCCCAGACAUCACCCCCAGCUCCCUGUCAUCCGCUGAUUUCCACUCCCUCAGCAACGGCGAGAGCAGCUCCUGUUCUGCCAGCGAGGACUCGGGCGUCCGAUCCGAGACCAAGUCGCUGCUGUCGCCCCUGCGUGACGACGACGACCUGUUCGGGGACCGCGGGACGUUUUUAACGGCCUCCAGCGGCUGCGACAGCCCCGUGGAGGAGGGUGGGGAAGUGUCGCCAUCCGAGUCGUAUCCUCCCGAACCCUCCACCCUCACCUCACAUUCGGACACCUGCGAUCACCCACUGCCUUUCUCCUCUCCUAUGAAUGAUACCUGCCUCCACAUCAGUUUCUCGGAGGAUGAGCUGCUGGAGAGCAGCCAAGAGGACCCUGCUGUCCCACAGCGGAGUUAGGAACACGUUCCUCCUUUUAAAUCAGUACUUGUCAGACCCUCCUAUGUUUGCACUGGGCUCCAUUUCAGGACCUUUAAUUGUUUCAUCCACUUGUGACACAGUACAAACAUAACAUACACCAGUUACUGAGAAGUACUCUGUUGUAUAAAUUAUUAGCCAAUGGACAGAUUUAGUAUUUUUGUAAUGGAAUUAAUGAUCUAAUUUGCUUUUUAGUGGCUAGAAUGUUAAGCAGAAUACAUGUAGCAAUUCUUGCACUGUUAAAGUCACACAUAAUUUACCGUAGAGUUGCGAAACAACAAGGGAACACAUUUUAUUUUUGCUAGUAGUCAUUUAAAACAUCAUUUUGUAUGAUGCUUCACUGUGGUACAAACUAUUGUGGAAAGCCUAUUUUCUGCAGAUUUCACAGAGUGAUACAUGCAAAUGUUGGUGAUGUUGGGAAAAGCCUCUAUUUCUGCAAAGCACCUGGAUGGAUGAUGGAAAGAAAAGAACAAGAAAGUCAGUAAAGGGAAAAAUGGGAGGAUAGAGGUGAGCAGAUGUAGCUGUGUUUUGGUUUCUUCACAACCAUUUGGGGCUGUGUAUAAUGUUUCUGUGCUGUCAGAGACAAGUCAGUUUUAGAAUGUGUUUCCUUGCUCUCUAUUUUGGGGUUUUCAGACUUGUAGGCCUUAAAAUAGGAUUGGGAAAGUUAGUGAAGGUAUUCUGUGUUCUGUAUUGCAUCAAUUCUUUAUGUAGAAUGGCUGCAGUCCUUUGAAAACUAAAGGGAUUUUUGCAUUGAAUUUAAAGUAUUGUAGUUGUGAGAAACAGCACAGGAAGAAAGUAUACCUUCAAACAUUGACGGGACGAGCGAGUAGCCAUGAAAGCUUUGGAUUGCAACUGUCUGAGUGGGGAGUCUGUGUUAAAAUGAACCCUGAGACUCAAUGGGAAGAUAAUUGGGAGAUCACAGAGGACUCUAGAGAAAGACAGUUUGGCAGAUGGAUUUUUCUCUUCUGUGCCUCUCUUUGUGAAAACCUGAAUUUCCAACAAAUGUGCUUCAUUUUCAAAUCUCUGGAUUAAGUUGACAUUGUUGCAAAUCAUGCAGUGUAUUAUAUCCUGUCUUGACAUGCGUGUAAUUUAACCUGAACGGUGGUAACAUCGUUUUAACUUUAUUAACACACAUCAGUGUAGAGCUGCAACAAGCUGUUGAUCAAUUAGUUGAUGAACAGAAAAUACAUUUGCAAUUAUUUAAAUUAUUAAUACAUUUUUAACACCAUAAUGGUAGAUCAGUUGAUUAUGAAAACAGCUGUUAGUUGCAGUCUUGUAUAAGUAUAUAGAAAACAAGGGUGUUGUUGAGCUGAAUAUAUGUGAAACGCAGGUGAAAUUAAAAUUAAUCAAUAGUUUUAGGUAAAAUUUUGGCAAAUAUGCCAAAAUGUCCUGGUUCUUGCAUCUAAGAUAUGGAUAUUUACUUAACAUUUUAUGCUUUUUAUUCAAUAUAACUGGUGGAAAAAUAAUCAGCAAAUGACUGAUAAUGUUUGUCUGUUCCACCGACAGCAGUAGCUGUUUAAAUUUACAUUUAAAGGGAUUCUGCUGCUUAGUUAAUGGUGUUACAUUAAGUGUACCAGGGUUAUCUUUGACGGGUAGAAAUGAAAAUUAAUGAACUCGAGAGUUAAGUAGAUGAAGUGUUGCAGGGGUGUGAAGGUGCAGGGAUAAAAACUUUUUAUACUCCAAAAAGAGGCUUUUCCCAACAUUGCAUGUGGCAGGGAGCUUAACAGCAAUAACACAUGGAUGAAAAAAAUAAUAAAGAGGAAUAGUUGAAAAGCAUCCACAA